AUGGCCACCGACGCCUCUUCGGUCGACAAUGUCACCCAGCAGCUCAAGGACUUGAGUCUGCCUCCGUUGGACAAGUACCCAAAUUGCUAUCCCGAGAUCAACCCUGUCGACAUUUACCGCUCUCACAUCACGUCGAUCCUGCACAAGAUUACCGGUGUCGACACAAAGAUCAUCUACAAUGCUGUACAAUGGACAAUGUCCUUGGACAAGGGCGACUUGGUGCUGGCCAUCCCGGCGCUGCGCGUAAAGGGCAAGCCUGAAGAGUUGGGCAAGCAGUGGCUCGAGCAGUGGCCCGAGUCGCCUCUCGUUCACAAGCCAGUCCAGAAUGGCACCUUUAUGCCAUUCUUCUUCAAGGCUGGCCCCCUCGCUCGCACCGUCAUCCCUUUGAUCCGGGCCAAUAAGACACAAUACGGCUCCAACAAGAUUCCUGGUCUCAAGGACCCGAACGACCCUUCCAAGGGCAAGAAGCGCAUCGUCAUUGAGUUUUCUUCGCCUAAUAUUGCCAAACCCUUCCACGCCGGUCACUUGCGAAGCACAAUUAUUGGUGGUUUCCUUGCCAACCUCUACGAGGCCGCCGGCUGGGACGUGGUUCGCAUCAACUACUUGGGCGAUUGGGGCAAGCAGUACGGUGUGCUGGCAUUGGGAUUCAAAAAGUACGGUAGCGAGGAGGAGCUUCUCAAGGACCCGAUCAACCACCUGUUCAAUGUUUAUGUCAGGAUCAACCAAGAUACCGCUGCAGAGAAGGAACAGGCCGACAAGCUCAAGAGCGAGGGCAAGGAAGCAGAGGCUCAAGCAAUCCUCGACGAAGGUACUGAUGAGCAAGCUCGUCGUUACUUCAAGCAAAUGAGCGAUGGCGAGCCCGAGGCCUUGGCUCUGUGGAAGCGGUUCCGUGACCUUUCGAUUGAGAAGUACAAGCAGACCUACGCACGACUCAACAUCCGCUUCGACGAGUACUCUGGAGAGAGCCAGGUCCCUGAAGCGGAUAUGCAGGCAGCUGCCAAGAAGAUGGCUGAUAUGGGUUUGACCGAGGAAGACGGUGGUGCUCUCCUGAUCGAUUUCUCCAAGCACAUCCAGGGCAAGGCCGGCAAGAACCUGGGCAAGGCCAUCCUGCGAAAGAGAGACGGCACCGCUUUGUACCUCACCCGCGACAUUAGCGAGCUCCUGAACCGCCACGAAAAGUACAACUUUGACCAAAUGAUCUACGUCAUUGCCUCGCAGCAGGAUUUGCACUGCAAGCAAUUCUUCAAGGUGGUGGAGCUCAUGGGUUACAAGGACAUUGCUGCCAAGGUACAGCACAUUAACUUUGGCAUGGUUCUUGGUAUGAGCACACGCAAGGGAACUGUCAAGUUCUUGAAUGAUAUCCUUCGCGACGUUGGUGAGCACAUGCACACCGUCAUGCGCAAGAAUGAGGACAAGUACAACCAAGUCGAGAACCCCGAAGCUGUAGCCGAUACUUUGGGUAUCAGCAGUGUCAUGGUUCAAGACAUGACAGGCAAGCGAAUCAACAACUACGAGUUCAACAUGAACGCCAUGACUUCGUUUGAAGGAGACACUGGCCCGUACCUCCAGUACGCCCAUGCUCGACUGUGCUCCAUUACUCGCCGUGUGUCCCUCACAGACGAAGAGCUCGCAACUGCGGACCUCUCGCUGCUGACUGAGUCUCACGCCGUCGACCUUGUCAGAGUACUGUCGCAAUGGCCUGACGUUGUUUCCAACACGCUCCGAACUCUGGAGCCCACUACCGUUAUGACCUAUCUAUUCAAGAUGACGCACGCGCUGAGUGCCAGUUACGACCACCUUCGUAUUGUUGGUAGCGAGCCUGAGUUGAUGAAGGCCCGUAUGGCACUCUAUGACUGUGCCCGUAUCACAUUGAACAAUGCCAUGCGUCUGCUUGGUUUGUCGCCUGUCGAGAGGUUAGUAUAA